GUUUUGACUGUUACUCGAUAAAUAAUUUACCAAUAUGAUUACAAUAUUUAUUAAUAAAAAAAGCGACAUUUCUUCGAAAAUGUUCACUGGCAACCUCGUCAGUUUGAUAAAUUGAGCGCGACGUGAACUCACGAAUAUUGUCCGCAAUCCCUUAAAAAUGGGCUCUAAAUCGCUUUUAAACCCAAAAAACAUGUUAUAGAAUGUAUACAAUAAAUUAUUUAUAGCAAAAUUAUGUACGAGCCACGUUUAUAACGUUCGUUUCAUUGAAUAUUAACAUAGCUAGUGUUUUUUUAUGUUCACCGAUGUUUUUCGGACUUUAAGAUGUUACUGGCCGCGGUGAUGGCGCGCAGCUGAGUCCAGUUCGAGAGCACGCCAGCACGCAAGAUGCGCUGGAUAUUUCCAGUACCAGUUCUUCUGAUGUCCUGGUUCGGAGUGGAGGAAGUAAAAGCGAACUCCUGCAUCCGAACCGCGUUAUGGGCUCUAAGCCUCAGUCCUCUGGCUUCGGCCGAAUGUCAAACCCGCACGAUCUACUGCUACGAGUGCGACAGCUGGACGGACCCGCGCUGCAAGGACCCGUUCAACUACACGGCGCUCCCGCGCGACCAGCCGCCGCUGCAGACCUGCAACGGCUGCUGCGUUAAGAUGGUCCGCUACUCUAAGAGCCCCUACGAAGUGGUCCGGCGCACCUGCACAUCCCAGCUACAAAUCAACCUGUUCAUGGUGGACCACGUUUGCAUGAUGGAAAGUACAGGCACGGGCCACAUGUGUUUCUGCGAGGAGGACAUGUGUAACGCGAGCGCCGGCGCGCGCGCAGCGGCGUGGUUGCUCGCGCUUGUGGUUGCAUGUGCAUGGAGGUGAAGCGUAGUGACGGGCGAGGUCGAUUAUCGAUAAGCCUAUUGGGUACUCGAAUUUGAAUGGUUAUCGAUAAAAUCGUUAGCUUGGGUACUUGACAUUUGACCAUGAUGGUCCGAGAGCUUGGAAAUGUUCAGGUUUUGGCUAGAUAAUGAGUCGAAAAAUUUAAUUGUUAUAGGGGUUUCGAAAAUCGAGACGCCUAUUAGGAUGUAUGAUUUUUUUGAACCAGUCAGGUUCUAGAUUCUUUAUAAAAGUCGGUUGUGAUGCUUUAUUUGAAACUUACGAAGUUAACUUGUAAAUGGCGCAUUGGGUGUAGUAAAGCGCUCAAAUUGAUAAGUAACCGUAAUUGAAAAUUGAAACGUUUAAAAUGAUAUCGAGCUAUUUUGAAAGGUUAACGGUUACAACGAAAAUCAUUUAAAAUGUAACCAUUCGAGAACCAAUAGGCACGGAAUUUAAAACAUCGAUAAAUACCUGCAUUUGAAUACUUUGAAUCAUAGUCAAAAAUAACACUCAACUCAACUCAAGUUUACUACGAUAUCCAGUUACUUAACAGAAACAGAAAAAAUAUUUAUAAACCUCAAAUGCGCAAAAAGUGAAAAUCGCAUUAAUGACACGACUAGAAAGUGCACGUAUUUUUCGAUGUCUCCGUAAAUUUGAAAGAAGAAAAAACACUGGCUUGAGAAAUGAAAAUUGAUCAGAAUUUAAAAUGUGGACUUAAAUUGAGAGCUGUACCUUGUACAUUAAUCUUAUCGAUAUCGAUAACUUUACUGUGGAAGAUGUGGUACAAUUUUUGACUACAAAAUUUAAAGCUAUUUAUUUUUUAAUCGCAGGGGCACAUUAUAGCAAUUUCGUCAGGUAUCACAAAAUUUAAUUAACGUGACAAAAAUAUUUUUAUUAUGUCAAACCAGUGUUCCAACAACGAUUGUUCGACUGAGCCCAAACUAGACUUUCGUCCAACGUAGUGUAGUCGAGCUUUUUCACAUCACUAUACGUCCCUCAGAACUCGUACCUGAUAUUUAUGUACUGGUGUGGAAAACCUCCAUCAUUCGCUCUCACGAUAACAUUUUGCUCUAACCUAGGCGUAGUUACGAGAAUUCCAAAUGAUUAGCUUGUAAAUAGUGCGGCACGGACGUGCGUAUCGAUAUCGAUAAAGCUGACACACUCAAUGCUUUCUUAUUGGUCCAAAUUUCUUAGACCAAGUUGAAUUUGCUCAUAGAUGCACGUAAAAUAGAUGUGGGGCACUUUUAGAUAGAAAUUAAAUUGUUUAUAGACGAAUUAGCUUGAACUGCCGUACAAUACAUAAUGGAGUGUAAUAGGAUAGCUUGGUUACAGAGGGUUUGGAUAUUUUAAAACAUUUUUACAACGAUUGGCAGUCUGAUUUUAUUAAGGCUCUUGCACUUUAAAAAUCUGCCAAGUUCUUUUACUUGUGGAAAUUUAGUUAACCGUGUGAACUCUUCUCACCUAUAUAAAAAAAAAAUGAUAAAGGUCUGCAAUACACCACUCUAUUUUUAUAGUGCAAUUGAGUCCUUGCUUCUAUCUAACGAAAUUUUACUAUAAUGUAUCAGUAAGCCACAAUCAACGUCUUAAGAUGUUUAUCUUCUUUGUUCCCUAAAAAUCUGUUUGGAAAAGGUAGAAAAUUAAAUUGCACUUAGAUUUAUUCUAAAUUUUGGUUGUGUUUGUUUCUUUCAUAGUUAGUGUUAAAAAAGGGGUAAGGCGCGAAUAUUUAAACUGAUGAUAUAAGUAAAAAAGUACAGAGGAGACCAAAACGAUCAUGAUCUAUUAGAACAAGUUACCUAUACAUAUAUCUGCUCGUAAGUUACUUUUUUCAGUGGUUUUCAAACUAUGGCCUGGUCUAGCCCGCGGAAAAGCGACACGGCCGAAAGGCCUGGCUAUAAAAACUUUUGGUCCGCUAUUUAUCUAAGUGCACUGGCCCUUGGGUUCUAAACUUUGGAGACCCCUGACAAUUAUUCAUGGUGGGCAUGCUGCGUCAUAUACAUAAUAUGAUAACGGAAAGCCUUGUGGUUGAAAUGACGACCUGUAAGUUAAAUUCGGAUGUUAGUUAUUCCUUGGUGAUUAUAAAGGCAAUUGAAAAAAUUAACGAAUUAUAGAUAUUUUAUUCCGCUUUUUUUGACGUUUCGUUUGACGGGCGUAGAUAUACGAUGCUAGUGUUAGAAGAAGAUGCAAACAAGGUGACCUCUUUAAUAAUAAAUAUAGUGCUAGAACUUGGCCGCGACACUCCCGUCCGGCCUUAGCUUAACUAAUUUAGGAACAUAAACACCAAAUAAUUUUUAAUCGUUAAAUAGCUAAUAAAUAAUAAUAAUUUAGCGUUUGAUAAUGCGGCGAUGAUUUUUAGGUAGUUUUUAUUUUAAACAAAGCACUAAAUGUGCAUAGAAGUGAGACAUAAGGGCAUUAUAGUUAUUUCAUUAAAAUUUGGGAUCUACUCGUCGUUGGGUUGAAUUAUUUUUAUUAAAUUCAAACGAAUGGCGAGACUUCCCCAAAGCACUGCUCUACAGUGAGAUGUUUGUGAAUAAUAGCUUUAUAAACCGUAGUUCCUUUUACUCAAAUCGGAGCCACACUAGGUUAUAGGCAAUUUGAUUUAAUGCCAUAUCAUCAGUAGGUUAGUUAUCUAAUUAAGGAAUGCAAAGCCCUCACGAAAAACCGGUUAUUCCGAAACCGAUAAAAACUUAGUAAUGGUUCAGCCUUAAAUUCAUACUACAAGAAUGGAAAAAAAAAUAAGUGUUACGCUUUAAUACAAUUAAAGAAAAAAUCACUAGGCGAUUCAUUCUCAUUGUACAUGUAAUUAAUUGCAAAAUAUACUAUACUUCCGGUAAUACAUGUCUAAAAAAAACCGGUUUAGAAUACCGAAAAAACGAUUGUUAAGUUUUCGUCGAAACGGAUUUGCAUUCCCUAGUUUUAAUGUAAGUGCAAAGCAUAAUAUAAGGAGAUAAAUAUUGUAUGUAUAUUAAAAAUAUAGUAUGACUAUAUCUAUGAAUAGUUUACAUAAUCUUCCUUGUUAACUCUAGUUCUUAACUGACGUUUUUGAAUUAAAUAGAUACUCCGAUUAUUUUAAAUUUCUAGCUUUAGAGUAAGUUCGGUCUGACAUGUCUCGACCCAUCGCAUGUGUCAUAGAUAUACAAAAUGUCGUCUAAGACUUGUUUAAAGAGUUUGGAUACACCACAGCACAAUAAAAUCACCUUUUUCUGUCUUGUGGGCUGUCGGCCCAAGCCUCAGAGGACCUAUUGGACCUCUAGGCGUCCAAGACAUCAAAACUUGCCAAAAUGUAAUUAUGAUUUGUCAAAGUAAAGAUUCAAAAUAGAAUGGAACGGGAGAUCUUUUUAUUGACCUCUGGGCGGAUAAAGGAUAAAAUGGAGAGAAAAAAUCCUCUUGUGAUUAAAAUACAAAAAUUACACAAAUAAUACAUCAAAUAGUGACGGCCAAAGUAGGCAAGUAAAUCGGAACACACCUUUGUUACCAUCGACAUAAUGUGUACCGCUAUAUUUGGUAACUUUGGACAUCACUAUCCGUCGUAAAUGGAGCAUGUUGGAGCGUGUUGUGGAGCAUCCAACUACCACCUUUACAUACUCAGUUUCCAUAUUUGUUAAUAUUCAGGUAUGUUCGGCAAUUUAAAUUGAUUUUACCUAUUUUAGUGUGAUAAAGAAAAAAAAAAUGUUUCUGUACAGACGAUCCUUUCUCUUUCUUGUCUCCGCCUGAGAGCUAACUUUGCACCCUCUUGAAUAGAACGUGCGGAGUGCCAUCAUAUAUCAUAGACAUUUGAUAUUAAUUAUGACAUCACGACACUUUGUUAUUGAAAUUACCAUGCAGGAAGCAGUGCAAUAGUAUUAAAUUUAUUGCUUGAUCUAAUUCAGGCUACCUACAAUAGUAAAUAUGAGUUGUAAUCGAGUAUAGUGAGAGUAUUCACAACUCCUAAAAUGUUUAAAAUGCCGAAUGAACCAUUUAACUUCAAGUAUUGUUGUCUAGGGUUGUAGCAUGUCACAGCACUGUAGCCCGGCUUCCCACUGGCCCGGACACCUCGGAAUGCCAUUCUUUAAGUUAGCUGCCACUUGGCUCGUGCACUACCCUACCUACCCUAUGGUUAACUUUAUCGAUUCCAUAUUUGAAUCAGAUUUAUUGUAAAAAAUAUUUUUUUCAACUUUUAGACUGAGACCAAGCUAACUUGGAGGCGAUUUUAAUAGCACAGACUGUGCAAGUGUUAUUUUAAACAUCAAACUUCUAUGAAAUUAUGACGUUAAAAAUAACACUUGCACAGUCUGUACUAACAAAAUCGCUGUCGAGUCAGCUUGGUCUGACUCUGAGCAGUUUCUCGAAUUAAAAUAGUCGCUAAAUAUUUUUUUGCUUAAUGAAAUUAUUAAAAAAUGCAUUUAUUGCAACGUUUCAAUAGAAUAUCUAAUGAAAAUGUUGUUGACUUUUCGAUUCUAUAAUCUCUGACAUCAAAAUGGAAAUUUAGUUUUAUUCUGCUUCUUAUUUUUUGGAAUAUUGUUAAAGUGUAAUAGUGACGUCAGCUAACUUAAACCCUAUAUUAUUACCUAGUUACUAUGGAAGCUGAUGAUAAGACUAAGUAAAGUUUUACCUAAAUCGCUUUAAUUUUAAUAACUAGUAUUUACCUAUUAUAAGAAUGCGAUGUAGUGUUGGAAUAUAUUUUUUUAUUCAAUGAUGGAAGUCCAAAACUUGGCCAUGUUUACUGAAAAAUUAAAUUGACUUAAAAUACUAACGGUAAAAAAUAAAGGGCAUCGUUAUAUGAAACACACUUUUUAUAAAAAUGGUUUUAGAAAACAUUGGACUUGAAACUUGUGUUAUUAAAUAAAUAAAGAACUAGUGAAAACAUUAAUACCUGAUAAUCAGAUGUUUUUUCUUAUUAAAAAAGUAUAUUUCAACACAUUUAUUUAUAAAUCUUCUUCCUACACUUUAUUACGGCAUAUCACGCAUUAGACAACUAGCUCGGACCGUACUCAUAGUCAAUUAGACCUCUAAGAUAACACUUGUUAACUUUAAUUAACAAAAGCAUGUAUUAUUUACAUUAACAAUAUGCACGAAAAAAUCCAAUAAAUCUGACAAUUUUCAUGGUAUGGUAUUUUUUCUUGUGUAUUGUCGUAACAUUUAAAACUAUUUUUUUUAACUAAUACCAUCUAUUAAUUAUGUUUCAAUUGUCAGAAAUAUUUUUACGACGGCUGAUAAAAUAUUUAAAAAGAAAAUAACUAAAAUAUCGAUAAAAAGCGAAACGUCACUAAGCCACUCAACUGUUCAAAAAUAUUUUUCAACAUAUAUUAUGGAUGGUCUCUUUUUAAGUUAUUUUUUCUAAAUUGGUUAUAACUUUUGCACUUCCUAAAGCUACGCUUGCGCGACUAACCGAAAUCUGACCGCUCCGAGGCUGGGGUCUCUAUUCACAGGACCACGGACACUGAGACACCAUUAUGACACUUAAUAAUAUACUUUAAUACAAUUUGCUUAGUAAUGACCCUUCAAAAUGCAAAUGUAAGCUUAAAACCACAAAAAUAAUAGGUUAAAUGAAAUCAUAUUUAAGAUUAGAAUUAAUGUCUCAAUCUCCAUACCUUCAGAGGCUUCAGCCAACUCCAAACGCAAUGUGGCCUGUCUGUUUAAUUUUUCUCAUGUUAUUCUAUGGUUCAACAAUAAAUGUGCAGUACACCUUAAAUGUCAGGUUUAAUAACCUAUAUUUACCAAUAAUAAGAGUAUAAAUACAAACAAACAAAAAAGGACCCUGAAAUUAUGAUCUUUUACUUUAACAUUCAUUAUGUUUGUGAGAGGUCCUUCUGCAAAAUCAUAAUGUAUAAAAACUUGUAACUUAUUAAUAAUAAGAGUGCCAUCGCAUUUAGUCGCCUAUAGAACGACUUGAGCCGAUGACGAUUAAUUCGUUACAGGCCGAUAUUGGGUCUCGUCGUGAAGCGAAUGUUUUUAUAGAUGUUAUUCUUAUUGGCUCAAGCCGAUUUAGAGUGGACAAAAGCGGUGUCUCUUUAAAUUGGUAAGUAUUGGUAUAAACAGCAGUGUGUCGAUGUUAAAUGUUUCUAUUUUUCUUUUAUUUUCUUUUUCUUCUAGAAUGAGCAAUGUGUACGUUUUCGUUGUAUAAUUGUAAAUUUGUUGUAUCUAUUUAAAAAUAUCCAAUCGAUGUUAUAACUCAAUUGUUUAGUUGUAUAUGUCGCUUUGAAAAAAUAAGAAAAGCUAAAUAACUAAACUGUACUAAUAAUUUUGUCAUUAAUAUGUAAUUAGUGAAAAACAAAGUUACGGGUGCAGUUUUUCUUGAGCGAUACAAUAAACAAGAAAUAUGUAAGCUGGCGGUUUGGAUUCGGAAAAAAUGCUUUUAUGCCGACAAUAAAUCAGUGCAGUAUUAUUUAAUCGAAUAUUACCACAAUCUACAUUGGCUUCAAACCUAAGGUAAAAAAAAUGUUUUUGUCAAAUAUUGAGAAGUGCCAUAAUUAUAAAAAUAUUGUUAUAA